AGACUCAAUUAGCGAAGAAAGAGAGACAAUCACAGUGGUUUUUUUCUUUUUCUUUUUUUCCUUAGGGUAACAGGUUGGUGCAGGAAGGACCAAAACCCUGUAAAAGUGUGUGUUUGGUCUGGUAAAACUAAAGCUCGCUGGCAGCUCCAACAGAACUAUAAUCAUCGAUAAACCAUCAUUCGAUUGAAGUCCAAGCACAAAUUAAGAGACGAUUGUAGGCUAAGGAGAGUGAAAUUCAGAUCAGAAUAAUCUAUGGGUAAUUUGCUUGUGAAGAAGCCAAAGGUAACAGAGGUUGAUAAAGCAAUCCUCGCUCUCAAGACCCAGAGACGCAAACUCGCCCAAUAUCAACAGAAGCUUGAUGCAGUUAUUGAAGCAGAAAAACAGGCUGCACGAGAUUUGAUUCGUGAAAAGAAGAAGGAUAGGGCCUUGCUAGCACUGAAGAAAAAGAAGACACAAGAAGAACUGUUGAAGCAAGUUGAUACUUGGCUCAUAAAUGUUGAGCAGCAAUUAGCAGAUAUUGAACUGGCAAGCAAACAGAAGGCUGUGUUUGAAAGUUUGAAGGCUGGUAAUGAUGCAAUGAAAGCCAUACAAAGUGAGAUAAACAUUGACGAUGUUCAGAAACUUAUGGAUGACACUGCUGAAGCUAAAGCCUAUCAAGAUGAAAUUAAUGCGGUACUGGGCGAGAAAUUAUCAGCAGAAGAUGAGGAAGAGAUUUUAGCAGAAUUUGAAGACUUGGAAAUCCAGCUUACAGUACAAGAUCUUCCUGAAGUUCCUCACUCAGCUCAUGAAGAAAUCGAAGAAAAGUUGGAUCUUCCUGAUGUCCCAACCAAAGCACCAGUUACCAGUGAUGCUGAAGUAUCUACUAAAAGAAAAGUUAUGGAGGAACCAUUGGCAGCUUGAAGAACAUUGCGACCAAAAACAUGCCAAUUGCUCUGCAAACCAAGGCUUGCAAUAUGACUUUGUGUUUGCCUGUAUCUUAUAGAUUUCUCUUGCAAAAUUUCUGCAGCUACUGAAUUUGAUUGAUUUAUCUGCUGUGGCAUUUAAUUUGUACAGAUUUCCAUGUAUAAUUAUACAUGACUUUUAACAAGAGCUAUAGACUGAAUCAUAUGUUUUGUUCCA